GUAUGAUUGAACUAAGGCUCAAAAUGGAGAGAGCACUCGCGAUGAUAACUUUUAGUUCCUUUAGUAACAUCGAGUAAAUCAACGACGACAAUCUCCAUGACAUCUGUGGUUUUUAGAGCAUCCGCAGCGGUGCACUUAAAUUUCCACGGAUAAAAUGGGUCAUUUUCAGGUUGGACUACAAGUGUAGUCCCUUUUUUUAGUGAAUCCACAGCGGUCAAAAAUAAACUACAAUGUCCUCAGCUUUAAAGAUUUUUUUUUUACUCUUUAACAAGUGCUCCAGGACGUUCUCAUGAUGACCAUCAUCAUGACUUUCCUUAUCACCAUUGCAUUUGGGAUGGGUUUACGGUUAGAAAUAGCAGUUUGGGUGUUCAUUUGGUUUGAAAACUUUAGAAAAAGAAACGAAAAGAAAAGAACGAAAAAGAACAUUCAGAUAGAAAAAAGAGAGAUCAUUGAAAGAUUGUUUCAGCAACUUCUGGCAGAUAAAGUAAUUCCGUCUUCCUGGAAUUUCAAAUCGGUUGGAAAACGUUUUGAACGCCAACUCGCAAAGUAUCGCGAUACAGAAAGAGAUAUGAACUCUAUCGGUUUUGGCUUGACUGCAGAUGACAUUAAACGUGGACUGACCUUUAUCGAGAUCAAGUUUGAACAUUUGUGUAUUGGAUUUUCUCGUUUGGCUGCUCUGCAUGGUGUUAGACCAAACAUAACUCCUUAUUCGUGGUGCAAAUACGGUGGUAAUUCUUGGUGGUGA